AUGCUUCCUUCCCUAGCAGCCUUGGCUUUCAGCCUCCUGUUCACUCUGGCCUUGGGCCAGACACUCCAAUUCCAUGAACAUGUCUUUCUCCGAUUUCUGGGCUUAGACAAAGUGCCUUCACCCAAGAAAUUCCAACCUGUGCCUUCCAUCUUGAAGAGAAUUUUCCAGGCUCAAGAGGCAGCAGCCAGCACCGGCAUUUCCAAAGACUUGUGCUUCGUGAAGGAGCUGGGCGUCCGCGGGAACAUCCUCCGGCUUCUCCCAGAUCAAGGUUCCUUCCUUUACUCCGAGAGCCUUUCCCACGCCUCCUGCCUGCAGAAGCUUCUGUCCUUUAACCUCUCUGCCAUCGGGGAUGAGGAGCAGUUGACAAUGGCCCAGCUGGGCCUGGACUUGGGGCCCAACACUUACUAUAACCUGGGACCAGAGCUGGAAUUGUCUCUGUCCCUGGUUCAAACGGAGCCCCAUGUCACAGACCAGGCCAUCCUGAAGAUGGGUAAAAUAUUUACACUGCAGUCAGUACCGUGGCCUCAGGGUGUCCUUCACUUCAACCUACUGGAUGUGGCUAAGAGGAAUAAUGACCCCCACAAGAAUUUAGGUCUGUUUCUAGAGAUAGUGGUCAAAGGAGGCAGAGCCUCAGGGAAUAAUUUUCAGCUCGAGGGCACCUGCGCCAGACUGAGACGUUCUCUUCACACUUCACUGCUGGUGGUCACCCUCCACCCUGAGCAGUGCCAUUCUCCCUCCCGCAAGAGGAGGGCGGCCAUCUCUACCUCGAAGGCUUCUUGCAAGAGCCUCUGCCAUCGCCACCAGCUGUUCAUCAACUUCCGGGAUCUGGGUUGGCACAAGUGGAUCAUCGCCCCCAAGGGUUUCAUGGCCAAUUACUGCCAUGGAGAGUGUCCUUUCUCACUGACCAUCUCCCUCAACAGCUCCAAUUAUGCUUUCAUGCAAGCGCUGAUGCACGCCGUCGACCCGGAGGUUCCCCAGGCUGUCUGCAUCCCCACCAAGCUGUCCCCCAUCUCCAUGCUCUACCAGGACAAUGAUGACAACGUCAUUCUACGGCAUUAUGAAGACAUGACAGUUGAUGAGUGUGGGUGUGGGUAGACUGGCAGCAGUAGAAGGGGUGCCCUUGGGGUAAAUGCUCUAAUAAUAAAACUACCUGGUUUAU